AUGAGCUCGAAGCGCAGAAGCGGCCAUGCAGGCGACCCCGACGACUUUCUAGCCACGCCUGAUCCCAAGCGACGCAAGCGGAGCGACUUGAAGAAGUCGCAAGACAAGAAUGGCCGCAACGUCGCAAUCCAUUUUCUGGACCUGCCCAGCAGGGCCGAUUACCCUGACUAUUAUCAGCAAAUUGCCAUGCCUCUCUCCCUCAACAUGAUCGAGCAGCGGCUGGAGAAUUAUGAAUAUGAAAACCUGGAGGCUCUGGAGUCAGACCUGAAGAGAAUGGUACAAAAUGCAAAGGACUAUAACAAUAGUCGAUCCUCAAUCUUCGAGGAUGCCGAGCGCAUACGCAAGGCUUUGUCCAAUUUCAUGCCAAAGCACAAUCCGGCGUAUUUGCGACAAGAUUAUCGUGCUUAUCCGACUCCGAUUCCACAAGACCUGCUUGAUCGGGUGCGACAGCAGUCCGUCUCAUCAGAGGGGACAAUGGCUCCAGAGAGGGUCAAGCUGGUCUUUCCCAAUCCUGCGGUGAGGCGACGCCAAAGUCAGGCAACGCCAUCCACUGACACCCUCACCGACACGAGGGAAGAUAUGAGGCAAGAACAGUUGAAGUUUCUGCGGGAACUGUCUGAACAAGACGAUGCAAUCAACUUUGAGGAAAAAGUCUCCAAAAAGGACUAUCCCGACUAUUACAGGUUGGUCAAGAAGCCGACGUCUAUAUCAGACGUGCGGGCGAUGGUAGAGAGGGAUACGAUCCAGGAUUGGGACGCGUUGGCAAAAGAAGUGCGACUCAUCUGGGACAACGCAAAAGAUUACAAUCAAGAAGGGUCCGACAUCUACCUGAUGGCAGAAAAACUCGAGGUCUGGUCGGAAUCCAAGAUGCAGUCACUUGGUGCUCAACCAAGACGCAAUCUCAAGCUUUCUUUGUCACAACCAAAACCAAAGGCUCUGCGACUGACAAUGGGUUCGUCUACGCCUACACCCAACGUGGUCGGUGGUACGAUCGACAGCGAGUCACUCCGACGACAGAAGGAAGAGAUGGGUCAAGCCUUGAGCAAAGCGCAGAGGGCAACUUCGAAGGUGGCACAAACCAAUGGUUCAACCCCAGUGCCAUCAAGCGCCGCUCCCAGCGUUCGUCGAAGCGCCUCACUGGCUACAACUACUGAGCAACCUGAUGCAAUCGCGAACGACGUCAAAGUCAACGGUAUCGCAAGCACACCCCAAGCUCAAGAAGCUGUGAAAGCCUCACAACCCCCUGUGCAAACCCCAGCACAGCAGCUGCCAACCCCUGUUCAAGAAGUCGACAUUGACCUCCCGAAUACACUGCCUCUCACAAAUGGAAACGGGCAUAUCGAGUCCUCUGUGCAGCAGCCAUCUAGCCCUACAGUGAGCACGAAUCCAUCGGCACCCAAUGACAAUUACUUGAAUCAAUCUGUGAUUCCCAUGGAGCGACGUUACCGUGACCCAGGCAGAGGCUGGUCCCACGCGUUACUCGCCUCUGUGACAUUCAUGACCAACCCUUCUUUACCGAAUGACCCACGCUGGAAACUGGUCCGUUACGGCUCGGCCACCAAGACCCAGACAAGUGGCUUCAUCGCUUUACCUGCACAUUACCGCGAUCUUCGCAUCAUCCCCUCGACCACUCCCGAACUAGCAAAUCGUCGCCGUCAUCGCAUUUUUUUCAUGCAUAACUCAACUGUUUACAAAGAGAGCAACAGUAAUCAUGUGGAAGGGGCUUUUGAGGUCAGGCUCGUUCCAGGAGAGAAUGUUCUUGUUGUGGAGGUGUUGGCAGAUCUGAGGGAGGGAGAGAAGAAGACGUAUGCACCCAGUCAAUUGCAAUUUGACUUUGAGAGGUGCACCUUGAUUGUACAUCUCAACACAGCCUAA